AUGGAAUUGCUUCCAGAGUGCUAUUAUAAAUGUUCAGAAAAAUUAGUUUCAAUUGGGAGAAAUCAAACUUCUUACUGGGAAAAAGCCUUUCAGCUUGCGGGUCUUUCUAUAGUUUCAAAACUUUUAUGUAGUUUUGAUAUUGAUACACUAAUCAAUUCCUUUGAGACUAAAAUUUUGAAUGAUAGUGGUUCACCUAAGUUUCCCAAUAUUACAUCUCUUUUCAAAGUUGUUUCUUCACUUUCGCAUGGAAAUAGUGUCCCAGAGAAUGGAUUUUCAAUUAACAAACACAUUAUUCAGUUACAUGGUACUUCACUUGAUCCAGAGACAAUUGAGGCUUUGAGGUUUGUAAAAGAUACUAUAUUAAGCUUUGGAUCCAUACUCGAUAUUCCAAUAACAAAGUCAUUUAUACAAUCAGUUAAAUUUGCUCACUUAAGUUACAAAGCUGACCUGGAAGCUAAACGCAGGUUGAAAGAGAAAGAAGAGAAGCAUAUAAAAACUAAGGAAACUGAGGAGGCAAAACAACAUGUUUUGAAAAAUGAAAAAGAAGCUGUUCUUGCAUCCAUUCAACAGAUAAAAAAAACGGUCUAUCAGUUGCUGAUGAUUUAGUUUUUGAAGGAAAUAGUGAUUUAAAGAAGUGUUUGCUUCAAAAAAACAGCACAAGAAAUGAAUUGCAGCGAGCCCAGUGUAAAAUUGAAACAGGGAUGAAAAGAAGACAGGAGCUUGCUGAUGAACAAGACGUUUUAGAAAAAAG